CGGGGAAUGACGUAAACCAGGGGAGCUUUGCGUGCGUGCAAUAAUCCGGAGACGCACCCAAAAAAGCUUCUGCCGUGCGUCCCGCCGCACCCGGUUGUUUACCCAUCGCACCAUCGCACCAUCGCACUGUCACACAGUCACACGCCACUGAAUAGUUAAUCCGGUUCUUAGCCGCCUGGCCCCAGGGCUGCCCCAAUUGACACGAAACCACCUCAUUAGACACACCACCACGCCCCGAGGCGCGAUCCAAUUGUCGACAUCAUGAGUCUGUUUGUCGCCAGCCGAUCUGCAUUCCGGGCCGCCGCGCCCCUCAAACGGCAAUUCCAGGUCCGUCGCUAUGCUACCGAGCCUUCCUCGGCCGACCCCAAGAAGGGCAACAACACACUCGUCUACGGCGCGGCCGCCGCUGCCCUUGCCGGCGUCGCCGGUUACUACUUUCUCGGUGGCUCGGGCACCCCGGCCGCCAAGAAGGCUGAGGCGAAGGUCAAGGACGCCGCGAGCGCGGCAUCCGAGAAGCUCUCGUCGGGCGAGGUCAAGAAGGCGCUCACGGGCGGCGACCAGGGCUGGAUCAGCCUGAAGCUCGAGGAGGUCGAGGUUGUCAACCACAACUCGAAGCGGUUCCGCUUCCGCCUGCCCGAGGACGACAUGGUCUCGGGCGUGCACAUCGCCAGCGCCAUCCUGACCAAGUUCAAGCCGGUCGACGGCGACAAGCCCGUGAUCCGCCCCUACACCCCGAUCAGCGACGAGGACGCCAAGGGCUACAUCGACCUGCUCGUCAAGAAGUACCCCAACGGGCCCAUGAGCACCCACCUGCACGACAUGGUGCCCGGUCAGCACCUCGACGUCAAGGGCCCCAUCCCCAAGUACCCCUGGGAGCCCAACAAGCACGAGCACAUUGCGCUGAUCGCCGGCGGCACCGGCAUCACGCCCAUGUGGCAGCUCUGCCGCGCCAUCUUCAACAACCCGGACGACCAGACCAAGGUGACGCUCGUCUUCGGCAACAUCAGCGAGGACGACAUCCUGCUCAAGAACGAGCUGGCCGCCCUCGAGAACCACAACCCCCGCCGCUUCCGCGCCUUCUACGUGCUCGACAACCCCCCCAAGCACUGGACCGGCGGCAAGGGCUACAUCACCAAGGACCUGCUCAAGACGGUCCUCCCCGAGCCCAAGAACGAGAACAUCAAGAUCUUUGUCUGCGGGCCCCCCGGCAUGAUGGAGUCCAUCUCGGGCAACAAGAAGAGUCCCAAGGACCAGGGCGAGCUCAAGGGCAUCCUGAAGGAGCUGGGAUACAGCCCGGACCAGGUCUACAAGUUCUAGACUCCCCUACUCUAAAUGGGGCGGAGGGCAUGCAUGCAUGCGUGGGCAUGAGCUUAUUCUAUUCGAUGAUUGAUUGGCUGGAUGAGUGAUUGAUCGGAGGUGCUAGUGUGAGAGCUGUCGGCUCCUGCGUUCUUCUUUUUUCAGCCUGGCGUCGAGCGGCAAUGUAGAUUUUUGGUUUUGGGGGGUUUGGGGGCUGCGUGUACCUUUUCGUCAUAGAGAUGCUCCUGCUGGCCGCACUUGGUUCAAGACAUUCAAUCAACAUGGCCCACGGUCAACCUUUCCAG